GCUGUUGGAGAAGAUGGAGGAGAUUAUCUGUGGAAAUGGAGGUCGUCACUAUGAGAUGGACAUGAAGAGACAGGAGGAAGUGACGAAGAGGAAGGAGCGAGCUACUGCAAGAAUGAUGAAGGUGGAGGAGCAAAGGCAGCAUUUACAGUCCCUGAAGGGACAGCUAGGCCUACUACCUCAACUACAGUUCAGAAUUGUGCUGUUGGGAACCCGACUGUCUGGGAAGAGUUCAUCAGGAAACACCAUCCUGGGCAGAGAGGCAUUUGACCUGAAGAGAACCACUCAGUGUGUGACGAGACAGGGAGAGGUAGCUGGCAGACAGCUCACUGUAGUUGAAGCUCCUGGAUGGUGGCGUUUUUGUGAUCUUCAAACAAAACCUGAGCUCACUAAACAGGAGAUUGUGCUCAGUGUGUCUCUGUGUCCUCCAGGACCCCACAUCUUCCUACUGCAUGUGCAUAUUGCUGACCCUAGUUCAUCACAAUACAUAGAAAACACAUUGGAACAUGUCACUUAUCUAGGUGAGGAAGUGUGGAGUCACACCAUGGUGCUGUUUAGCCGUGGAGACUGGCUAGGGGAGAAACCCAUUGAGCAGUACAUAGAAAGUGAAGAGGCCCUGCAGUCUCUAGUAGAGAAAUGUGGCAACAGAUAUCAUGUCCUCAACAACAUGGACAAAGGUGACCGAGAGCAGAUCACAGAGCUGCUAGAGAAGAUGGAGGAGAUUAUCUGUGGAAACGGAGGUCGUCACUAUGAGAUGGACAUGAAGAGACAGGAGGAAGUGAUGAAGAGGAAGGAGCGAGCUACUGCAAGAAUGAUGAAGAUGGAGGAGAUUAUCUGUGGAAACGGAGGUCGUCACUAUGAGAUGGACAGGAAGAGACUGGAGGAAGUGAUGAAGAGGAAGGAGGGAGCUACUGCAAGAGUGAUGAAGGUGGAGAAGCAAAGGCAGCAUUUACAGUCCCUGAAGGGACAACUACUGCCUCAACUAGAGUUCAGAAUUGUACUGCUGGGAUACACGCUGUCUGGAAAAGGUUCAUCAGGAAACACUAUCCUGGGCAGAGAGGCAUUUGACCUGAAGAGAACCACUCAGUGUGUGACGAGACAGGGAGAGGUAGCUGGCAGACAGCUCACUGUAGUUGAAGCUCCUGGCUGGUGGGUAAAUGUAAACCUCAAAAACACAGCUGAGCUCCCUAAACAGGAGAAUAUGCUCAGUGUGUCUCUGUGUCCUCCAGGACCCCACAUCUUCCUACUGCAUGUACGAUUAGGUAGUGCUGUAAUACAAGCAGACAUAGAUAGCAUGCUGGAACAUGUUAAUCUCCUAACUGAGCGAGUGUGGAGUCACACUAUGUUGCUGUUUACCCAUGGAGACUGGCUGGGAGACACACCCAUUGAGCUGAUCAUAGAGAGUGAAGUGGCCCUGCAGUUUCUAGUAGAGAAAUGUGGGAACAGAUAUCAUGUUCUCAACAAUAUGGAAAGAGAUGAUUGUCAGGUGCUAGAGUUGCUGGAGAAGAUUGAAGACUUGGUGGCAGGAAACGGAGGCCAGCACUUUGAAAUUGACAAUAACAAAGUCCUGGCAAUCCAGAAGAAGAGAAGACAUCUCAUCAAAAGAGCAGAGGACAGAGAGGAAUCAAUUCACAAACAAAGGGAUGUAAUCCAAUUUGUUAUGGGUGCCGGGCUGCCUCUACCACAGGUACGAAUCCUGUCUCUCCAGUAUAUGGAGGAGUUAUUAUUUUCAGACCCAAAUGGUGAGAUGCUUUCAGACGGAGUAACACUUCAGUCUGAAACAAAACAUUGUUCCAUUGAAGACCAAGACAUCACUACAGUCCUAGUCAAAAUGUCCCAAAGUGCAAACACUCUACAGGAGACCAAAGAUGCGUUUGUGUCCACCCUAUCUCUCUGUGAUCCUGGGCCACAUGCCAUCUUCUUGGUAGUUGAGAUGUCCCUUCACUUCUCUGAAGAAAAUAGAAGACGGCGACAGAUACACUUAGAGCUGCUUGGAGAAAACGUUUGGGACCACGUCAUAGUUGUGUUUGUGUCAAAGGAGUACCACUUAGCAUACAAGCUGUACGAGAGGAUUGAGGAGUACAUUGAAAUGGAGGGGGAGGCCCUACAGUGGCUUGUUGAGAAAUGUGGGGGCAGAUAUAUCUGUCGAAAAGAUAAGAGCAUGUCAGAUGAACUCAAGAGAAUUGGUGAGAUGAUGCUUGUAAACGGAGGCAGAUAUUUCCGGUACGAGGAGGGCAGAACCAAUCAAACCACAGCAGCAACAGCAGACUGGAGGCGGGAGCAGAUGCUGGAACUGAAGAAGAAGGAGGAUGAGCUGGCUCAGAGAAGGAGGACAUCCCUACAGUUGGAAAGUGAGGAUGUAAAUCAAGGAACGUACGACACACACAUCUCAGACAAAGCCGUAGAAGAAGGCUCUGUGCUAUCAGUAGCAAGGAGCAUUAUUGAACCCCCCAGGAUGGGUGGAGAUGACUUCUCAUUCUACAGCCUACACAUCUCAGACACAGCAUCUGAAGCCCCCUCAGAACAAGAUACCGGAAUAUCAGUAGCUAAGAGCAUGAACAUACCCCCUAUGAGUAUGUCAAGAACAGUUGGAAUAAACAUUUGCAAAGAUACUGUAUAACAUGCUAUGUUGAAUGUGAAAUGAUUUGUGGAAGAGGAUGAGAGGUCUGACUUA